AUGGCGUCCCAGGGCCUUUCGUCGUGGCUGAGCGGCCCCAUGGCGGAGGCCGCAGAGGAGGGUGCAGAAGAGCAGGACAAGGCCAAGGCCAGCUCGAGCGACUCGCCACUGGACAUCAGCCUCGCCCAGCUGCGCGCCAAGGAGACCAUCACGAGCAUCAGCCCGGAGAAGCGCUCGCUCGUGGAGGAGAUCGACAGCGAGGCGGACGACACCGAGUUCGACGAGAGGGCGCACUGGGCCAGGCGAGGCAGCAGGAAGAAGGCCAGGGCGUCUCGCAGAGCCGCCAGGGCCGCGGACAAGUCGCAGCCGUCGAUUGCGCUCUUCUGCGUCAAGGAGGCGGCUCCAGCCACGGACUCACAGGAGACGGAAGCCGAGGCGGAUGCAGUCGCCAGUGCCAUUGCAGCCUCCCAAUUGGAGCAGAGUCAGAAGAAGGAGAACAGCAAGAGCAAAGGCAGGAAGAAGUCGAAGAAGGCGGCAGUGCAGAGCUCCGGACUAGAGGCCAACUCGGCCGUGGACGGCAGCAACAAGGACGAAGGUGCCAGUGGUGUCAUGAGCUCUGGACGCCCCAAGCGACAGGCAGUUGUACGCGCUGAGAUCCUCCAGCAGCAGCAGAAGCUGCUCGAUGCCGUUGCAGCGAGGAAAAACGCCGCUGCAUUCUUGACCCCGCCCCCGUCGACGAAAAAGAAGGCGGAGGAAGGCAGCGCCACUACCAGCGGACGCAAACGGAAGCUUGAUAUGAACAAGAAGAAGUCAUCGCCGCCUACAAAGGGCGCACCACCAUCGAGCUCCCCAGGCUCCAGCAAGGCGGCGAAGUCUUUCUUUUUGAGUGAACAGGAGAAGAAGCAGCUGCAGGAGAUCGAAGCUGUGUCGUCGUUCCGUGAGCAGCUCCGGCAGACGCGCGAGAAGGACCUCGCCUUCUUUGCAGGCAAGACGGCGAAUCCAUUCUUCCAGGCGCGAGCUGUCACCAAACGAAGCAGCAGCGCAGAGAACAGCGACGGUGUCGUUGAGCUUCACGAAGAUGGCGAAGGAUCGGAUGCCAAGCCGCGACGUGGAGCUGGAGGGGGUCGCUGGAGCAAGCCAUUGCCGCUUUUUCCUGGAGUGCAGCACGUGCUAUCGGGAUCCUUGGAAGCUGAGGGCAUGGACACUGACGCGCAAGAAGGAUCGAUGCCGCCGAAGAAAGCAGCUCCAGCAGCAGACAGCUCUACCGCAGUAGUCGUAAUCGAGGAUGACGCGGGAGGAGAUAGCAGGCUGCCGUCUGAAGUGAUGGACCACCUGAAAGCGGCCAUGAACGGCCAAAUCACGACGGAGUCUUCGUUUUCCGAGCAGUUUUGGUUCCGUGAAUACUUGGACUCCUCGAGCCUCCCAGCGCCAGUUGUUGAGAUGAUCGAUGUUACCUCACCGAGGCCAGAAGAAAGUGCUGAGACUGCAGCAGCGGAACUAGCUCAGCGAGAGACGUUGCUCGUUGAUGAACUGGUCGAGACCCACGGUUUGCGCGAGAAACGAGUCCGUGAACUUCUUGAAGGACUAGAGCAGGCCAGGGCCAAGCGUUUGGAUCGCGAGCAGAACUUGUCGCUGGUAGACCGGUACUUGCCUGUGAACGCAAGUGGACUGGUUGGCAACCGAGAAUCACUUCAUACUCUGUCGUCGUGGCUGAGUGCGUGGAAAGUCGGUGGUGGCGACCGUGAGAGACUGGACUGCUUUGAAACGGAGCUGUUCACGUUUGAGGACCACGACAGCGAUAGCGAGGACGAGGUCGGUGAUCUGUGUCGCUUGUUUAUUCUGGAGGGCGAGUCGGGCUCUGGUAAAUCUGCUGCAGUUUACGCGUGUGCCGAGGAGCUGGGCUAUGAAAUUAUCGAGAUCAAUGCGGCCCAAAAUCGCUCCGGAAAGAGCAUUGUGGAACUCGCGGGCGAGGCUACGCAGUCCACUCGAGUGUUGCACGUGGGUGGGAAGGAGGACAAGAGCAAGAAGAAGAACAAGAAGAAGCGACGAAGACACUCAGAGGGCCGCAAAAGCUUAGAUAAAUCCUCUGCAGCGUCACUAUCGCUCGUGUUGUUUGAGGACGUGGACCUGGUGUUUGACGAGGACAAGGGCUUCCUCAACGCCGUGUGCUCUAUCGCUAAGCACACGAAGUGCCCGAUUGUCGUAACCUGUGCGCAGCUGCCUGAUGGGUUCCCCGCAAAACCCGGACGGUUGUGCCGCGAGCUUCGGAAACCCUCAAUGGACGAGUUUGCCACCUGGAUGCGGUUGGUGGCCUUCAUUGAAGGACUCCAGCUAGCUCCAGCGUUAAUUGAUGCACUGGGCAAGUUCUUCGAGCGGGAUGUGCGCCGCUCGCUUCAUUUCUUGGAGGCGAAUUUGCCGGUGUCGAAUGCGGAUACAACGACUCAGUGGCGCUGGCAGCAUGACAGCGAACGUCGCAGCGAUGCUAAUGAGGCUCGCCACGUUGACGUACCUGCCUGGACUACUUGGUCGACUGGGUGUUCUUCGUUCGACGCCCUAACGAGCAAUCUGCUGGUAGAGUUGAGCGCUGUCGCUGCAGACGAAAAGAAACCGGAGGGCAAAAGCCGCGAAGAAAAGCAGCAAGACGUCGACGCAAUGGCGGAGCUCGCACAGGUCAUGGAUGCUGCUUCUGUUGCGGAUAUUUGGAUGGCACCAGCGAGGGCUUCCACCAACAGGAACGGGUUUGGCAGCGACGAUAUCGAGGUGAGAGAGGAGUUGGGUAUGUAG